UUUUCUUUCAUCAUUGACACCAUGGCCUCGAUGAUGGAUCUAGAUUCGUCUCUUGACGAUAUUAUCAAGCACAAAAAGGGAGGGAGAGGAGACUAUAAGAAAAACACCCCCAAAACAAACAAACAUCCUCAACAAGGUACCCCUCAGACUGCUAGACGUGCUGGUGUGCGAACCAAGGUCCCGAUCAACACCAAGAAGAGCAUAUUUAAGCCCACCCAACGUGCACCCGCAAAAGUGACACCUAGCAAGCCACUCUUCACAUCGAAAUCCUUUACCACGACAGCACCCAAGAUUGACCCUUCUGCUAUCGUCAUCACCAAAUCCGUUGCUACCAUACCUAUCUCUGGUUCGCCCACACGUACACCAGGCCGUUUCCAAGGUCGGUUAGGUAAACAGCCUUCUCAAGGACGCCAACAGCAGCAGCAAAAGCAACAGCAACAGCAACAGCAACAGCAACGUGAGCCAGAUGUCGAUAUUCGUCAGCGAGCACCUCCAUCACCACCACCUGUUGUGGAGCGAAGGCCUUUGUACCAGCCAAGAUCUGAGGAUAGAAACUUUUCCAUCAGAGGUUUGUCGCAUGCCAACACCCCAUCCUCGGGUAUGUCAAUCCGAGGCGAGUCUGGUCCUUCCAUAGUAUUAAUCAGUAACCUUGACCCUGAGGCCAAUACUGAGGACGUGAGAACUGCUUGUUUGCAGUUUGGCCCAGUUCUUCGCUGUGAGGUCCUGACCGAUCGUAUGGGUCGCUCUUUUGGAGAAGCCGAGGUGGAAUAUUCAACAAAGACUGCGGCACUAGACUGCAUUGCACAGAUGGACAACGAAGUAGCAGAUGGGCGUGUGUUGCGUGUUAUCUUGAGAAACAAACAAGCUGGAACACCCGCUCCUGUUCAGUCUACAUUUGCUGCCCAGACUGUCCGGUCAACUAUUGCACCUACUCGUUCUGGAUACACCUCUGCCCCAUCUUCGGGAAAAUUGUAUUCUGACCAAAUGAUCCCCACUGGCCCUGCAUCAAAUGCCGCACCAAACUAUGCUCGUUACCCUGCGCGUCGUUACUAAGAAGAAGAGCUCGCAUUUUCUCUUUCUCUUUCUUUUUUUUUCUUUCGUUUUAACUGGAUUAUUAAACAAUACCAGAUCCAAGGUGUGUUUCAUUUGUAAGAGAAAAUAAUAAAAUAAAAUAUAAUAUAAUAAGUAAAAACAGCAGCAACCAUAAAUAAGCAUUUUUUUUAAAAAAUAAAUAAAUAAAUCAAUAAAUCAAUCAA